AUGGGAUAUGAGGAGCAUGGAGGGACUUGGCACAUGGACGCAGCUCAACUGGAUACGCAAUGGGAGAAGAGCUUGCCCCAUGGCACAAUCACCACUUGGGAUGAAUGCAAGAAGGCCUUUCUUGCUAAGUUUUUCUCCACCGGUCGCACAGCCAAGCUUAGAGGAGAGAUAUCCAGCUUCAUCCAGCGAAACAAUGAGACAUUCGCAGAGGCUUGGGAGAGGUAUAGGGAGAUGCUAGACACAGCUAGCAAUGGGAACUUCCUCAACCAGGAUGUAGAUGAUGGCUGGCAACUUGUGGAGAACAUAGCUAACUCAAAUGGAAGCUAUGGAGAAGAGUAUGAUCGCACCAACCGGAGCUCGACCCACCACUCGAUCGAGUCAGACGAAAAGUUGAGAAAAGAUGUUAAGGCAUUGAAUGAGAAGUUGGAUAAGCUGAUCCUAGCUCAGUCCACAAUGAAGAAAGUCAACUUUGUGUCUGCUGAGGAGAUGGAACCAGUCCAAGAAGGGGAGGAUACACAAUUUGCUGAGGUGUGCUACAUGAGCAAUGGGCAAGGAGGUUACAACAAAGGAUACUAUAACUACAAGUCCAACCCUGCCAUGUCAUACCGCAACACUGAUGUUGCUAACCCUCAGGACCAAGUAUAUCCUCAACAACAAGCAGCUCGAUCGAGUCAGGUGCCACAACAUGGGUAUGGUCAAAAGAACAAUUACCAAGGACCACAAGGCACUUUCCCUGGACAACAAAUGAAUAUCCCACCAGGCUUCCCCCACCAACCGCCCCAGCCUGCACCUUCACAAGAGAAUGAGCUCAAAGCAAUGCUAAAGCAACUACUUCAAGGGCAAGCUGAUGGGGUAGUGGACACAAGCAAGAAGCUAGCUGAAAUAAACUCUAAGAUCGAGAACCUCAACACAAGGGUUUACUCUCUGGAGAAUCAUGCUUCUUCUGUUGCUGCUGCUACAAAGCAAGGACAACUACCUGGUAAAGCUAUUCAGAACCCCAAGGAACAGUGCAAGGUCAUCUUCACUCAAGAAGGACUUGUUGAAGAAGAGGAUCAAGAAAGGGUCAUUGAAGAUUUUUGUUUACUGCUGAAUGAUGAAGAGAUUGUUGCUGCUGAGGCUCCUGGAGUCCAGAUUGAUCAACCAGAAGUGCAUGCACCUACUGUGGCCAUUCACACUUCACCAGUUGAGCUCGCACGACAAGCUCGAUCGGCAGCUCGAUCGAGUCCAACUCUAGCUCGAUCGAGUCCGACCUCUUCUGUCCGACAGCCUGUUUUGCUUGAUCCUUAUCAACCGGUUGCCGCUUCCUCGUCUCGCCUACUUAGUCAAGGUCACAAGGAAGUGAUUCACAAGUUCAGAAGAGAUCUCAGUGGGAUUGGAAUUGAGUUGCCUACUAUGGAUAGCAUGAGUGAGGCAUUUGAUCAAAUGCAAAUGGUCAAGGAUGUUCUAGCCAACAGUGAUAAAGUUUCAGAGGUCCUACAAGAGUCUACUCAUCAGUUCAACCUGCUUACUUCACCCACCUUCCUACCAAAGGUCAAGGAUCAAGGGAAAUUCACUCUCCCUUGCACACUUGGGCAUCUUGAGAUUGACAAUGCCUUAGUGGAUUCUGGAGCAAGCAUCAAUCUGAUCUCUCUCUCCAUGGCAGAGAAGCUAGGCAUUGCUGGAGCCUUGCAGCGCCCUACUACUUCAAUCAUGUUUGGAGAUGCAACUUCUAAGUCUCCUCUUGGAGUGUUCAAGAACUAUCACUUGAAAAUUGGAGAAUGCAUCAUCCAAACUGAUCUCACUGUGAUGGAAAUGGAAGAAGAGAAGGAUUUGCCUUUGUUAUUGGGAACCCCUUUCCUUAGUACAGUUGGCGCUUCAAUAGACUUUCACAAGCAAGAAGUGAUCCUUCACAAGGUGAAUAGUUUGGUGUCAUAUCGCUUGCAGCCUAGAGGUUCAGACUUUUGUGCCACAAUUGACAGUACCAAUCUCAGUUCUAAGAGUCAUGGAGCUACAAAGGUUGUGAAGGAAAGGGUUGACAAGGAACCAAGAGUUGGGAAGGAUAAGGAUGAGAGAGGACCAAGGAUUGAGAAGCCACGUCUUGAGAGGGCUAGAGUUGAGAAACCACGAUCUGAUAGGCCAAGAGCUGAGAGACUUGUUCAAGCCCCUUGUGUGCUUGAUGAAGAGAGCCUUCAAGCUUUGUUUGAUGAGCCACUAGGAAGGGCUCUAAAAGAAGGGGAGGAUGCAGCCUCUAAGGCAAGACCAGGAGAUAAAAGAAAGGAUCCACCAGCUCAGGCCCCUUCAGUCAAGCCAUCUCAGCUCACAAUGACUUUGUUCCCCACCAAGUUUGAAAAUGGGAAGAUUGAGUACAAGAUAAGGUACAAGGGGAGAUCAAGGCCAUUCUCUAGAGCCAAGGCCUUGGUGACUUCAGAACAGUCCAGGGACCCAACCAAGCUAAAGGAGCUUCUGUCUCAAGUCCUCACUAUCACCCUUGAUGGUGGGACUAGCUCAACCAAUGCCUAA